AUGGCUAAAGACUAUCCUAUACUCACUGUCAAGCAAUGCUCUGAUGGAGGUAGCUGCAUCAUGCAGUCCAAGUCAUGGGAUGCCACCCUCUGUCUCAAUAUUGAUACCUGCACUGCCAACUGUGCUUUGGAUGGCAUAGACUACUCUGACACUUGUGGUAUCUUGACUAGCAGUAAUGCUCUCACUUUGAAUUUUGUCAUCUAUAGAGUCAACAUCAAUGUUGAAAGCCAUGUUUACUUGCUUGACAAUGAGAGCAUAUACCACUUUUUCAAUAUAAAGAACAAGGAGUUCACCUUUGACAUUGAUAUAUCCAACUUGCCUUGCAGAUUGAACAGAGCUUUGGGUAAAAUGAGAUUCUCCACCAAUAUUGCUGGCAUUGCAUAUGGUCUAAGCUACUGUGACACUCAGUAUACAAAUAUAUUUAACUGGACUGAUAUAUCUGCCAGCUCUGGUACAGGCUUUUAUGGCAUAUGCUGCAAUAAGAUAGAUAUUUGGAAAGCCAACUAA